AUCACAUUUGUACACUGAUCAUUAAACAAGAUAUUAGAACUAUAUAUCAAAAACUACAUGGGGAAAGUAUCUUUUUGGUCGUUGAGUUUGAUGCUUGUAGUGGUGGUGAUAGGGGUAGUGGAGUGUAGGAGACUUGAGAAGGAGACGUUAGGAGGUGGUGGUGGUGGAGUUGGCGGUGGUUUUGGUGGCGGCAAAGGCUUUGGUGGAGGAAUUGGUGGUGGUGGAGGUGCCGGUGGUGGUAUAGGAGGAGGCCAUGGUGGCGGUCUAGGAGGUGGCAUUGGUGGAGGUCACGGUGGAGGUAUUGGUGGUGGUGUUGGUGGAGGUAUUGGUGGGGGUGCUGGUGGAGGACUUGGAGGAGGCCACGGUGGAGGGCUCGGAGGAGGCCACGGUGGAGGUAUUGGUGGUGGUGCUGGUGGUGGUCUAGGAGGUGGUGCUGGUGGUGGUGUUGGCGGAGGGCUCGGAGGAGGGCACGGUGGAGGUAUUGGUGGUGGUGCUGGUGGUGGUCUAGGAGGUGGUGCUGGUGGAGGAAUUGGAGGAGGUCACGGUGGAGGUAUUGGUGGUGGUGUCGGAGGAGGUGCUGGUGGAGGAAUCGGAGGAGGGCACGGUGGGGGUAUUGGUGGUGGUCUAGGAGGAGGCCACGGUGGAGGUAUUGGUGGUGGUGCCGGAGGAGGUGUUGGUGGUGGUGGAGGAUUAGGCGGUGGUGCUGGUGGAGGUGCCGGAGGAGGAUUUGGUGGUGGUGCUGGUGGAGGAGCUGGCGGAGGAUUUGGUGGUGGUGCUGGCGGGGGUCACGGUGGAGGUGUUGGUGGAGGGUUUGGUGGAGGAUCAGGCGGAGGAUUUGGUGGUGGUGGUGGUGCUGGAGGAGGAGCUGGUGGUGGUGGUGGUGCCGGUGGAGGAUUUGGCGGUGGAUUUUAA